AUGGAGUGCCCUGAGGGACGCCGCCUCAGUUCCUCAGAAAAUGAUUUAACACCGACUUCAACAUCAGAAGUAAUGAGCCUCCGAUAUUCCCAAACUGCCGUUGACCAUGGAGCUGAAACUGCCGGCGGUCUUGGCGCCCAAACUCCUGCCAACUAUGGCGCCCAAGCUGAUGCCACCAUUGGCAACCAGGCUGCUGGCAGAACCCCUCUGGAAAACUUACGAGAAGGGACAGAGAUGAGUAGAAGCCAGGAUGAACCUCCUUACGAACUUGAGGACCAGGUUAUAUUGCGUCUGCCUCUGGAACAUGUUUCUACUGUCAGGAAGAUAAUAUGUUCUGGAAGUGCUGCCAUGAAGGAUAAACUGAAAAUUGACUUCCUUUCUGAUGGACGUCAUGCAGUUGUUGGGGUUGAAGGUGUCUCACUAUCAGCUAAGCUGGUUGAUUUGCCUUGUGUUAUUGAAAGCCUGAAAACUGUGGAUAAGAAAACUUAUUAUAAAACGGCAGAUAUUUCGCAGAUGCUUGUGUGCACUGCUGAUGAUGGUGUCCACUCUCAUCCUGAAGAACCGGUUAGCUCUACUGAUCUUAAAGCAAUCAGGAAAAGUGAAAAGGAGAGAAAGAAAAACUAUAUCUGGAAGCAUGGCAUUACUCCACCACUUAGGAAUGUCAGAAAGAGAAGGUUCUGCAAAGCAACAAAAAAGGUCACUGAUAUCAAACAAAUUAAAGAAGUCAGCUUUCCUGAGCACGUUGAACCUCCUGAAGUGGAAAAGGAAGUGAAAAGACUGCUGCGCUCAGAUGCUGAAGCUAUCAGUGUCCGAUGGGAGGUCAUUGCCGAAGGUGAAACCAAGGAAACAGAAAGUCAAGCCUUCAUUCCAGGCUUUGAGAUAGCCUCAGAAAUGAGUGGCUAUAAGCAGUGUCAUACCUUACCAGAAUAUGGUGUGUUUCGGGAGAUGGUCAAUGACUCUAGCAGUAACAGUGAUGAAGUUGAGGAUGAUAAGGAGGAAGAUGAAGAGGGAGAGAAUAACUAUGAUGAUAAGGAUGAAGACAAGGAAGAGGAGGAAGAUCAUUAUGAAGUGUAUACAGAAAGGGAGCCACAGGACAAGUUCAUUGAAUCUGGCCAGCGUGAGGCAAAGGAGAGAAGCAUCUCAAUGGUCAUGGAAAUUCAGAAGCAGACUCAUUACGUGGAGAAAAAGCUCCAAGAGAUUCGGUGCAAAGCACAAAGAAGGAAGGAGCGCAUUAUGAAAGUGGAAAACCUAAUGCACAAGAGUCAUUUACAGUCUGUGCUGGAGCAGCUUAAGCUACAAGAAAAACCAAAAAAUGAGCAGCUCAUUUCUCUACAGGAAACACUGAACUAUUUUCUGAAGAAGUGA